UCAGUCGAAGAAGUAAAGAGAGGAAACAAACAUGAGCUGCUGAACUUCAGCAGCAGAGGAUGUCUGGUUUUAUGAGUACUACAAACAAAAUCACAGUCAGACAUGUUCAGGCUGGAAACAUUUGAGAGUCAGUUGUCGUCUGUGAUGGAGACUCUGGUGGAGGCGGCCGUGACAGAGCUCGGGAGACUUCUGGAGAGGAGCUCGGCUCCGGUUGUGGCCGCUCAGCAGCGCUCAAAUGCGGCUUCCGUAGUCGCCGUGAAGCGCGAGGAUGAGGAGAGGGAGGUGACGCUACGCAGGCAACUCCUUCACGAGGAUGUCACGAACCAGUUUGCUUCCCUGAUGAAAAAGUGGGCUGAAGUUGCUGUGGAGAAAAUCUCCUUAAUUUUCAGUGUGUCCAUGAGUGACGCCAGAGAUGCUCCUGCUGCAGAGAAACCCAGAGCAGGGCAGAUCGAUACUGGGGGCAGAAAAAAAUCUGUGUCCAGAAAGAGAAAUAACAUGCAAGGAUCGCAACCAGCAACAAGACAGAUGAGUGAUCACUUAUACUGUAGAGAGGAGGAACAGAUCGAACAGUCAACAGAUGAAGCUGACCCAGAAUCUGUGCCAGAACCUGAUGGAGGUAGAGGCUCAACACAAGAAGCUACAGCAGUAACAUUCAGCUCCACUAAGGUGCAACAUGAUGCUCCUUCAGAGACUGUAUGAUUAUCUGUUGAUACUGUCUAACAUAUUGCUACACAGUGACCUUUAGCAGCUUUACCUUGGCAAUGGAUCUAUUAGAAAUCUAUGAAACCUGUCCAGCUGUAAAAUCUGUGUUUGAGUUAAAGAACUUGGGACUUUCUAGUUAUUUAUUAUUAUUGUUUUCUUCUUGCAGCUAUUUUAACAUUUAUCACUUUUGUUUAUGUCUUUUCUUUCAAAUAUUUCAAGGUAAAGGCAAAAACACAGAAAUUCAAAACUUUUUCUUUUUAGGUCAAUUGAAGAUUAAGCAAAGUCUGAAAGGUUGCUGCCAGAAGAAACUUUAUUUCUUGAAAACAUGAAAAAUAGUGCAGAAUUCUGGUUUCUCGUGGCUGGAACAGCGCUGAGUAUUUCCCUGUGUGAGUCCUGCACUAAGCGGGUCACACGCUUCUAAUACCAGUUUAUUGCAUUUAGUCUAACCUUUCUGAGAGCUCUGCUUAAUGCGGCUAAGAAUUCAGUGUUUUCACAGAGAUUAAACUCCCACUGGCUCAGAGGUGAAGUUCUCUUAGCAGGACGUGUGUUUAAAGGAAAUGUAAGACACACAGUGUUCCUCAUUUAGUUUAUUAUCUGAACAACUGAAUAUUGAUUAUGCAAAAAAAUAUAUAUACGUAUGUAAGUUAUGGAUAUUAUAUAUAUUAAAGACCAACUACUGUCUGACAGCUGCUGGACAGUGGUGACUAUGGCGGUAGUACUUUUGAUUCAGCGCAUUUAGUAAAGUUAAAUGUGAAGGAAUUCAUUCAUAUGCUCAAAAAAGUGUUUUAGUUCAAACACGCCCAGCUAACUAUCCAAUAGUUACUAGAGAUGGACCGAUCCGAUAUUACGUAUCGGUAUCGGUCCGAUACUGACCUAAAUGACUGGAUCGGA